AUGGAGCUGGGCCCGCCGGCUCGAGCAACAGCUAUGGCGCCGCUGCUGGAGUAUGAGAGGCAGCUGGUGCUGGAACUGCUGGACGCGGACGGGCUGGUAGUGUGCGCCAGAGGGCUUGGCGCGGACCGGCUCCUCUACCACUUCCUCCGGCUGCACUGCCACCCGGCGUGCCUGGUACUGGUGCUCAACACGCAGCCGGCAGAGGAGGAGUAUUUUAUCAAUCAGCUGAAGAUAGAAGGAGUUGAGCACCUCCCUCGCCGUGUAACAAAUGAAAUCACAAGUAACAAUCGCUAUGAAGUCUACACACAAGGAGGUGUGAUCUUUGCAACAAGUCGAAUACUUGUGGUUGAUUUCUUAACUGAUAGAAUACCUUCAGAUUUAAUUACUGGCAUUUUGGUGUACAGAGCUCACAGAAUCAUCGAAUCUUGCCAAGAAGCCUUCAUCUUGCGCCUCUUUCGACAGAAAAACAAACGUGGUUUUAUUAAAGCUUUCACAGACAACGCCAUAGCCUUUGACACCGGCUUUUGUCACGUGGAAAGAGUAAUGAGAAAUCUUUUCGUAAAGAAGCUGUAUCUGUGGCCAAGGUUCCAUGUAUCAGUAAACUCGUUUUUAGAACAGCAUAAACCUGAAGUGGUAGAAAUUCAUGUUUCUAUGACACCAGCCAUGCUUGCUAUACAGACUGCUAUUCUGGACAUUUUAAAUGCAUGUCUAAAGGAACUAAAGUGCCACAACCCAUCACUUGAAGUCGAAGAUUUAUCUUUAGAAAAUGCUAUUGGAAAACCUUUUGACAAGACAAUUCGCCAUUAUCUGGAUCCUUUGUGGCACCAGCUUGGAGCCAAGACUAAAUCCUUAGUUCAGGAUUUGAAGAUAUUACGAACUCUGCUACAAUAUCUCUCUCAAUAUGAUUGUGUCACAUUUCUUAAUCUUUUGGAAUCUCUCAGAGCAACAGAGAAGGCAUUUGGUCAGAAUUCAGGUUGGCUGUUUCUUGACUCCAGCACCUCACUGUUUGUAAAUGCUCGAGCAAGGGUUUAUCACGUUCCAGAUACCAAAAUGAGUAAAAAAGGCAAAAUGCCUGAAGAAAUAGAGAUUAAAGAAGAGCAAGACACAAAAAAGGAACUGGUCCUAGAAAGCAACCCAAAAUGGGAAGCACUGACCGAAGUAUUGAAAGAAAUUGAGGCAGAGAAUAAGGAGAGCGAAGCCCUUGGUGGUCCAGGACAAGUCCUCAUUUGCGCAAGUGACGACAGGACGUGUUCGCAGCUGCGAGAAUACCUGGCUGUCGGAGCAGAGGCCUUUUUAUUAAGGCUCUACAGGAAAACCUUUGACAAGGACAGCAAAGACGACGCGGUGUGGAUACAGUUCCGGAAGGAGGACGACUCGAAGAGAACCAUGAAAUCCAGCAAAAGGGCCCAAGACCUGCGGCACAAAGACAGGGCGGCUGCCAAAGAGAGGGCGCUCAGAAAGAAGAAGCCCCGGUUGACGUUAACGCAGAUGGUGGGAAGAGCUGACGAGCCGGCGGCGGAGGAGGGGGCCGUCGAGGAGGAGCGGCCCGGCGACGGCAGCAGCAGCCCUGAGAGCUGCUUCCAGGAAAUCAAGCACGAGGAGUUUGAUUUAAACCUGUCCUCCGACUCCGCCUACGGAAUCCUGAAAGACCCCCUGACCAUCCUGCACCCGCUCCUGGGCUGCAGCGACCCCUACGCGCUGACCCGGGUCCUGCACGAGGUGGAGCCGAGAUACGUGGUUCUGUACGACGCGGAGCUGACGUUCGUGCGUCAGCUGGAAAUUUACAGGGCCGCCCGGCCCGGGAGACCCCUGAGGGUUUACUUUCUCAUAUACGGAGGUUCAACCGAGGAACAACGCUAUCUCACUGCCUUGCGGAAAGAAAAGGAAGCCUUUGAGAAGCUCAUAAGGGAAAAGGCCAGCAUGGUUGUCCCCGAAGAAAGAGAAGGCCGAGAUGAGACAAACCUGGACCUCGUCAGAGGCCACGUGUCUGCGGGUGCUCCUGCUGAUACCCGCAAAGCAGGUGGCCAGGAGCAGAAUGGUACCCAGCAAAGCAUCGUUGUGGACAUGCGCGAGUUCCGCAGCGAACUCCUCCUGAUCCACCGUCGGGGCAUUGACAUUGAGCCAGUGACCUUAGAGGUUGGAGACUACAUUCUGACCCCGGAAAUGUGCGUGGAGCGCAAGAGCAUCAGCGAUUUGAUUGGCUCUUUGAACAACGGCCGCCUCUACAGCCAGUGCAUCUCCAUGUCCCGCUACUACAAGCGGCCGGUGCUCCUGAUCGAGUUCGACCCCAGCAAGCCCUUCUCGCUCAUGUCCCGGGGGGCCUUACACCAGGAGAUCUCCAGCACCGAUGUCAGCUCCAAGCUCACCCUCCUCACGCUCCACUUCCCCAGACUCCGGAUCCUCUGGUGCCCGUCCCCCCACGCCACCGCCGAGCUGUUCGAGGAGCUGAAGCAGAACAAGCCGCAGCCUGACGCGGCCACAGCCAUGGCCGUGACAGCCGAUUCCGAGACCCUCCCCGAGUCAGAGAAGUAUAAUCCCGGCCCCCAAGACUUCCUGUUAAAAAUGCCAGGGGUGAACGCCAAAAACUGCCGCUCCCUGAUGAACCACGUUACGAACAUCGCCGAGUUAGCAAGCCUGUCGCAGGACAAGCUGGCCGGGCUGCUGGGGAACGCGGCCAGCGCCAGGCAGCUUUACGAGUUCCUGCACACGUCCUAUGCCGACGUCCUGGCCAGAGGGAGGGCGAAGCAAUGAUCCGCGGCGCCGUCGUCUCCUCCCCGGCCUGCGCUUUGCCGCUGCUCUCUGCCUGCGCGGACAGGCCUUCGCUCUGAGCCCAGGAGCGCCUUCUCUUCCAACCUUUUCACGACCGCGCUGUUUGCUGGGUCAGGGGACCAGAGGCCAAGCUCUGUGCUUUUCCUUUAGGAAUCACUUUCACUUCCCACGCCUUCCCACUGUCUAGUACAUUCAGUUUUUAAACGAAGUGGUGUUGAUAGAAGGCCCUUUCCCAUACCAGCAGGCAUUUCUGCUUCCUCCACAAACCGAUAAAACACAGGGGUGUUCUCACCUGUCUACAGACGGGCCCCGGACACUGAGGAGGGAGCCUCUCUGCCUUUCCUGACCACGUCUCUCCUCCACCUUCUCCUCAGCAGCCUGCUUCUCCCACCUGUCUGCCUCUGAGACACAUCCUUGGGGCCUUCCUGCUGCUAAUUUUGGAAAGACAGUCCCCUCUAAAACCAGCCGAUGGGUUUUCUAAUCACCUGGAGAUACGCAGCAUGCGCUAUAACUGAGUUGCUCAAAGCUAAUAUUUUUAAAACAGGAAAUGAAUUGCCUAUUUACAGAGUUGGAUGGCGUAGAUGAAGGACCCCUGAAAAGGCUCCGUUUUUACAGAUAUUCCACCUCCUAAAGCCCCGCGAUCCCUAAGCCCGAAUGGCUAGUCCCUCAGCCUUGCUCCCUCCCAGCCUCUCCUCACCUGUCCUGGGCCCCCAGCGGGUCCUGUCCCGCGUCCCGCCUCCCACAUUCCCGAGCCAAAGCGGCCUCUGUGUCUCCCCGAGGGCCGGCCAAGGAGGGACCCCAGAGUUUUUACGAUUUGAUUUCCCUCCCCUGAGUUGAGCUAGACAGGUCGUAAGGAAAUGGCCUAUCAAUGUGUAGAAUAUAUAAAAAUUUUAAAGAAAUAUAUUUUAAAGCCUGUAAAGAAAACAAUCUCAUUCCCAACCACCUCCUGAUUUAGUUUAGGUUCUUGCCGAAGUGGACACACAGGACUUUGGCAGCAUCUCUGUGCAGUUUUUAACUUUUACGUUUGAAACAUCACUAACGUAGGUGUCAUUCACAUCUUUCGCAAUGAGUCAUACGUUUUCUACCUCAAGAGCUGCUGAAGACAUCAGCCACCUCACACAGGUUCAGGCCUCGUCAGCGCUGUUUUUAUUGGUCACAGCGUCUGAACCUGGAGGAGACGGUGGACCCUGGGACAUGAGAUGGCCUCACCUUGCACAGAAGCCUUUGAGCGCUCCCCUCCAAACUGCACCUCUCCUGGCAUCUGGAUUCCUGGGUAUGUCGGCCUGUGUUACUACUGCUAAAACGUGUGCGGAUUUUGUCCCUCUCCACGAGGGUCCUGCAAGAAUGAAUUAAGGGGCAUCAAAGGACCCUAUCUGUUAGCGUCAAACUCUGUACAGGGACUCGGAGAGGAGGGAAGAGGACAAGAAAGAAAAAUUGACUUAAGGUAGAAGAAAGAUUGGGGCUGCCAGUUUUAUCCCAGGGCUAAAGAUAGACCCUUGAGAAAGAAAACAAAAAACGCCAGGGUAACAUAUGUUAACUUUCGCUUGUGUGUGCGUUGCUUGAAGAGUUGCGUCAGAGUCAAAAGUACAUUAAAAUAGACACCACUUCAAAUAAUAGUGGUUAUUAUCAUCUUUCUUCCCUCUGUGCUAGCACUUGCGCUUGAGGGAUAUAAUUUCUUUUUAUUUCCUGGUAUAAUUCCACCUGCCGUUUAUUGUGCUUUCAUUACGUAAAAGGAAAAUCCUAACAUAGCACAUUCUUCAAUAAAGGUCACACUCCGAGUUAAGUUUUCAAAAAUAAGCUCCCUUAAAGCUACCAUUUUAAACAGUCCUUGUUAUCUCCUACAACAUGGAAAACAGUCAUAAUUGUUCCUAGAGAGCCAGUGUCUGCUGGCUCUCAAAUUGCUAUUUGCUGUUGUACCUACUGGACAUUCAGAGACAAUGCACUGUCUCGUGUGUUCCAAUUAUGAACAAAAAUGAACUCUAAAAUGGUCAUUUUGGGAGUUCCCUGGUGGCCUACCAGGUUAAGGAUCUGUGGCGCAGAUUCAAUCUCUGGCCCGGGAACCUUUGCGUUGCCAAGGGCGCACAGCCAAAAAAUUAAUUAAUUAAUAAUAAAAUGGUCAUUUUGAUUGAAAGGCUGUCACUGCCACUUCCUCUUCCAGCUAAAUAAAUAUAUUUUUAGUGUCUCCAGUUGUGGAAAGCCUUCAAUACAACCAUCAUGUAUUUACUUUUGUCAGAUUCUUUUACAAAUGUUUACAAUCUAAAAGUCUUGGGCAAAGAACUAGAAAUGCACGCAGUUGCAAAAACUGUUUAUCACUUUAUUUUCUAGCAUCAUUUUAUUAACUUUACCUCUUCCUUUCAAAAUUGUGAAUAUCCAGUUUGCUUAUGAACUCAUGCUUGGCUUUUCUAAAAUCUUUCUUAAAAACUUGAGACCAGCAUUAUUCUCUUUUAAAUGUUUUUUGCAUAGAAAUUUGAGCAUAUGAAAUAUUGUGAGAAAUUGUUUUCAGUUUUGUUUAAAUCACAGUGCCUCUCUGGAUAUGUUCUUAAAAUUAUACAAGAAGAACUCUUUUUUGGGGGGAGUGGGGGGCGGUUAGGGCCACCCUCACAGCAUAUGGAAGUUCCCAGGCUAGUGGUCGAAUCAGAGCUGCAGCUGCCGGCCAACACCACAGCCGCUGCAGUGCCAGAUCUGAGUCACAUCUGCAAUCUACACCACAGCUCAUGGCAACGCUGGAUUCUUAACCCACCUAAUGGGGCCAGGGAUCAAACCCACAUCCUUAUGGGUACUAGUCAGGUUCCCUAUUGCUGAGCCACAACAGGAACUCCAAGAAGCACUCAUUUUUAAUGGUGGCCAUAAAUAUGAACUUUGGGCAAUAAGGUACUAUUUCUUUAACCCAAGGCUUAGUAGACUACGUAUGUAUGUCCACGUAUGUUUGAGCCCAUCCAGAAUGCAUUUUCCCAGCUCAUGAGGGGCUGAAAGUAAUUGUCUCAUUCAUCAGCCACUGAGACAUAGAGGGUUAAGUCCAGAUUUGGUUGUGUUGAGAUAACAGAGUAUGAAAUUAAUAAAUGGCCUCCAGCAGGAAAACCUACACUGAAGCAAAUCUGGAGAAGUGGGUGGUGGGGGAGAAAGACAGGCAUUAUUAGUCUCUGCUUUUGUUUUUCAAGCAUAAUUUGAUUUUCUUUUGGCUCAGAAAACUUCUUUGGGGAAAUUCCCUUUUCUUUUGUGUUCAGUUCAACCUAGGAAUGUCCCCUUAAAAACCAACAUUUAGGAAAAUUCUCUUCUCAGGCUUGAGCGUAUUAAAAUUUACCCAGACUUCGACAUGAGUUGUCAUUUUUCUUCAUUAUUUUGCUUUCUAUUUUGGUUUAUAGCUAUUUCCUGUCUGAUUCUGAACCUCAGUACUCAAUUUACUAUCUUUGUCCACAGGUUUUUGGUGGCCUACCCCACUGUUGUUUUUUGAUUUAAGGGUCUAUAAGCCAAAAUUUGGAUGGGAGGGAGCCCUGACCAUUUACAUUAAUUUGUAACAGUUGUGUGUGUUUUAACAAAAUGUGUAUUUAUUCAGUAUUUUUUCAGCAUUAUGUGGGCAAAAUAAAAAUAACCAUGUAUAGUGAAAAGAAAUAGAGUCCAUAUAUUCCCAGGACAUUAUAUUUACCAGUGUGUUGAUAAAUAUAAUUUAAAAUUCAGAGAUAUUUCAUUGGGUUUUUUAAUGCAAAAUAAAUGAUUGAAGCAGAAAUGUGCUUUGAACC